UACAUUUCCAAAUCCAUUUGGAAAUUUUGACAACCUCAACUGGAACAUCACACCAUACAAAGUAAAGUGGGAAGUUUUCAGAAGGAGGGUGCAGUUAUUCCACUGCCUUCUAAAUGUACAGGUAGAUAGAAAAAUGCAUACAUUGUUGCAGUCCAUGAAAAAACACAAAGGGGUACCACCAAACCGUCUUUUGAACUGAACCUCUUGACUGAUAGUUUGCAGCGUUCAGUGUUUUGAAAUAUUUCUACAGGAGAUAUUCAUUUUCACAGAACUGUAAAGGUGGCACAGCAUUUUAUAUGAAGUAGGCAUACUUUGCUCCUGAAACAUAUUUUAGCAUUCACAAGUGUCUCAAUAGUAGGCGUCUAAAUCCUGAGUAGCAGCCAAUUUCGGAAUGUCAUUGAAGUGGUAAGUGGUAUUUUAAGUGGUCGUCAGUGGGACCUCCAGUGGGCAAACUUAGCAAGAACAGUUACUUUUAUUGAAAAAGUACUCUUCAUGUGUUCUCUAGUCCCAGGACCACAUUGGAACCCUCAUGGGCCGGUUCUGACCCACGGGCCAUACGUUUGACAGGCCUCAUCCAUCCAUUUUCUGUACCGCUUCUCCUCACUUGGGUCGCGGGCAUGCAGGAGCCUAUCCCAGCUAUCAUCGGGCAGGAGGCGGGGUAGACCCUGAACUGGUCGCCAGCCAAUUGCAGGGCACAUAGAAACAAACAAGCAUUCGCACUCACAUUCACACCUAGGGGCAAUUAAGAGUCGUCAAUCAACCUACCAUGCAUGUUUUUGGGAUGUGGGAGGAAACCCGAGUGCCCAGUGAAAACCCACACAGGCACGGGGAGAACAUGCAAACUCCACACAGGCGGGGCCGGGAUUUGAACCUCGGUCCUCAGAACUAUGAGGCAGAUGUGCUAACCAGUUGUCCACCGUGCCUGCGACAGCGCUCAUAUAAAUGCAAAUUUGAAAAAUACAUUAUUUUGGCCUCUAUUUGCAACAGGUUAGGUGCAACCUAAAGCAUGCAAAUUGAGUGAAAGGUGUGUUGCUGUGUGGUUUUGAAUGUCAGCCACUUUGUCUCUCUCGCUUUCUCUCUCUCUCUCAUUCUCUCUCUCUCUCUGUCUCUCUCUCUCUAUCUCUCUCUCUCUCUCUCUCUCUCUCUCUCUCACACUCAGACACGCACACACAAACCCACACACACGCACACGCACUCAGUCGCAUUAUGCAAAUUUUCUUGUGCCCAACAUGCCCACAUCUGCAGGGAGCAGUGUGGGAGGAGGAAGGUGCUGUUCACUCUGACUUCACUGUACUUUGACACAGUCAGGGCUCUUCAGUAACACUCGGACAGAGUGGGAAAUAAUCAAACUGAGAAGCUGCUGCACCUUCUGUGAAGUCUUCUGGUGACCCCAGGAGAUACCAUAGACUCACCUCUCUUACUGUUGGAAAUAAAAAUCAACCUAUUUUCCCUUCAGCGUGUAGCUGAAGUUAGACUACCAGGAUAACCAUCCCGCCAGUGGUCGAUGUUACCAGUCUUGUAUGCACCAGGAAAGAGUUCCAGAUCCUCUCCGGGAUGGAUCCGACAUUCUCCAACUUGAACCCAUCUUCCCCAGAGAGCUUGGAGCUCCAGCUCCGAGUGGACUUCUUCCGCAAGUUGGGUUACUCCAUGGGUGAGGUCAACGCCGCACUCUCCAAGCUGGGCCUCAGUACGGACAACAACUCCAUGCUGGAGGAGCUGGUUCAGAUCAGCAGCGUUGCGCUGGGUUCAUCCGGCGGAGAGCAGGAAGAAAGGAGCGCACACCCCAAAGAGGAUUCAAAUCGAGUGUCCAGACCCCUCAGAAAUUUGACUCAACUUGAGGGUAAGAAGAGUGAGGAUUCCGAGUUGAGGCCCAUUGUGAUUGAUGGCAGCAAUGUUGCCAUGAGUCACGGCAACAAGGAAGUGUUCUCAUGCCGAGGCAUCCAGCUGGCAGUCAACUUCUUCCUGCAGAGAGGACACACAGCAAUCACGGUGUUUGUUCCGUCUUGGCGGAAAGAGCAGAGCCGACCCAAUGCAGGCAUAAAGGAUAAGCACAUCCUGAUGGAGCUGGAAAAGCAGAAACGAGUGGUCUUCACUCCGUCGCGCCGCGUUGGCGGCAAGUUGGUGGUUUGCUAUGACGACCGCUUCAUCGUCAAGUUGGCGUACGAUUCGGGAGGCGUGAUCGUGUCCAAUGACACCUACCGCGACCUGCAAGAGGAAAGACUCGAGUGGAAGAAAUGCAUCGAGGAGAGGCUCCUCAUGUACUCCUUCGUAAAUGACAAGUUCAUGCCCCCAGAUGACCCUCUGGGCCGUCACGGUCCCAAUCUUGACAACUUCCUCAGGACGAAGCCACUAUCCAAAGAGCAAAUGAGACAGCUGUGUCCAUAUGACAAAAAGUGCACUUAUGGCAUAAAAUGUAAGUUCUACCACCCAGAGAGGGCUAACCAGUCUUACCUGUCCUUGGCUGAUGAACUGAGAGAAAAAGCCCAGAUUUCGCCUGCGAAGGAGUCGGUACGGUUGUCACACGGACCGUCUCAGUCGAUGCCCUACAUCCGUCCUCAGGAACUCGACAUGUUAGACCAUCAGUGGUCUUCACAUCCCGAUCAGGUUUGUCAAAACAAAGUGUUGUACUGGGAAGGUCCAAAUCCUGCUUCGGCCUCUGGUCAUCAAGAGUGUUCCGGGCCCAACCAUUACCACUCCAGUGCCCCUCAAGAGUACUUGGACUCCGGCCUAGGCUCCUAUGAAAGCCAGUACUCUGACGUUUGCUUCAGGAACUCGCACAGGCUUGCCACCCAGCUCCAAAGUGCUGGCCCCAAACAGUCCUGUGGGUGCUCCAGAAACCUGGAUUCUGCAAGUCCAUUCAUGUUCCCAGCAGGUGCAGCGCAGAACCACAGUGUACCAAGCCCAUUCAGUGGAGCUCCUCAUUGCCGGGGAAAUUACUGGUCAGAUCCCUUUCACAGGCCGCCCCAAGCUGGAAGAUGCAGUCCCCUUCCGGGCGCAGUACACCCCUCGCACCAGGACAGCUUUUGUUGCUCCUGCUCGGGGCAGCAGUACCCCUUCUGGCUUCAGAAGCAGUUUGACGGCCAAAGACUACAACUGCGCAAGAAACUGCAAGCCAUUUUCAGCCCUCAACAGGUGGAUACGGUGAUGGACAUGUUCCCACAUGUGAUAAACGCCGAGAAACUGGCCGCAGAGAUCCUAAACUUGAAGGCUCAGAAUAGGAUUUUCCUGUAGAUUCUGGCAGCACCCUCAGAAUUUGUUCUAAACUUCUAUAUCCAAAGUGGGAAAAUCUAUGGCAGAUGGGUCUGGGCCACGGUGCAAUUGUAAGAAAAAGCAAAACCUCAAAGAAACUGUUAUUGAAAUGCUUUAAAAAAUGCUCAUCAUAUAUGAUAAUACACGUUUGAUUUUGGCGUCGUAUUUUUUCAUGCAUUUAGUAUGGCUCUCGAAGGACUUUGUAGUGAGCAUUGCUCCUUCAAUGAAUUAAAAAAGUGUCAUGAAAAAACAUUAAAACACAUUCUUUUAUUUUUAUGCUUCGA